GGCGGACGGACAAGCAGAACACAGGAAGGAAACCUCGCACAAAAGACGCUGCUGGACUUUGUUUUCGUCCUCUUACACACUUUUCAACGCGGAUUGUUCAGCACAACUUGGAGGAUUUAUUUGGCCUUUCCCCCCCUCCCCCCUCCCCCCCAUCGGGAACUACCUUACUCGCACUCGCUGGGGGCUGUUGUUGUUGUUCUUCUUCUUCUUCUUGUUGAUUUAAACACAUUCAUUUCAACUGUGUUCCAAGAGCCGGCCGUCAUGUGUCACCACUGACAUGCGCAGAGCCCAUGGAACCGCAGUGAGCACACAGGCGAGCGCAGGACGUCCGUGGCCGGAGCCCAGCGAGAGCCGCGGAGAGCAGCGGGGCUCCGGCGCCGAGGGGAGCGGAGGAGGAGCAGCCGGAGGGGGCGCGCCGCGCUCGCCUCCCCGCCGCCGGAGCAGCGUCGCCCCCCUCCUCUCUCCGGAGCGCCGCGGCGUCUUCGAGACCAGAACCGUCUUCCACUUCCCGUAUCGGCGCUCGUCCAGCGGAUACUUCUCCGGCGCGGGCGACUCGCUGCCGGGCUCGCCUCUGUCGCCGCGCGCCGUCGCCUCCACGCAGACGCCCAGCCCCUCAGCCCAGGCGCUGCGGCACGCCUUGGCGCGCGUGGCCGGGGAGGCGCGUGACCGGGGAGCGCGCACGCCGCAAGGAAGUUCUGCCAGGCCCUCUAGCGUCAGGCCCGGAGACGCAGCGGGGGCGAUGCAGGCCGUGGAGAUCGGACAGUCGCUUCGACACAUCGGCGACGAUUACAAUGACUACAUACUGAGGGGAGCAGAGCGCAGAGGGGCGGCCGUCCAUCAGAACCAGCUGCUGGUGCUGCACAUCCACCAGGAUCCCGCCUUCCUGAUCUGCAUGGGCGUCCUGUUCUUCGUGAUCGUAUGGUACUUCGGCGGAGACCCCGACGGCCAGCCGGACCACCCUCAGGGAAUUGUGCCGCUUAAAACAUUCUGACGGGGGAUACUUUCAGGAACUCUAAAAAUGUCCGGAUUUCCGCUUUUUUCUGAGCCUUUGCCAUGAAACCAAAGAGUUGGGAAUUUGCACUCCCAUCCGGAACGCAAACAAGGCCCCGUCCCCGGAAGAUGAUGCCUGUGGAAAUCCAAGCGUGCCUUGUACAUUCUCCUGUUAAUUCCUUUUCGUUUACUUGCGUGAGAUGUUUUCAUUGUUGUUGUUGUUGUUGUUGUUGUUAUACGGAAAGGUAAGCGAGUCAACUCUGCAAACCCGGGGGUUGUUAAAUGACGUGCGGGUCCAUGAAUUCCCAAGCCGCGCUUUCUCCGACAUUUCUCCUUGGCUGAUGUCCGUUUUCCCCACGUUCGAAAUGAUCCACAUGAUAAUCUUUGUUUCUGCCAACAAAAAUACACUAUCGGUAUUUUUUACUUGUAGGAACAGCCUUUUACGAUGUUUGUUUGUUGUUGUUUUUUUUAAAGCUGCCUACCCCCUUGGACCCGACAUGCCAAGUGUGUUGGCACACCCCACCACCUUCUCCCGGAACCCCCUCAAGAAUGUCUGAGAAUCUUUUAC